AUGCGUGGCUCUCUCGCUCUACUGUCCACCCUCUUUGUUGGGGCCCUCGCUGCCCCCAUCCAAUCAACAGACCCGGCCCUACAGCUCAAGAACGCCCAAGUCGGUAGCGGCCUCUAUAGGGUUCCGGGCAAUGAAAAACACGAUGGAAUCGACAACGGGAACAAAGAGAGGGAAGACGAAAAGAAUAUCGACACCUCGAGAAAGCACUUAUCAUAUAUCUAUGAUGAAUUGGACAGGGACGAACCCGUUGAGCCCAAGCCUUUGGGUCCCGAAGACAAAAAGAAACAUGCGGCUGGAGAUGACGAACCCCGAGUGCCCCCUGUGAAGGAGGACACCGACACCGAACAAUCCAAGGGGAGGGUGACCAAGACCAAGAAGACUGAUGAUGAGAAGGCCGAGGCUCAGGACAUCCGCACUAAGAAGCUUGAAGGCAAGAAGAACGAUGGGGAUGAGGUCAAGAAUGAGCAGAAACCAAACGAGAAUAAAAAGGACCAAGCUCGACCCAACCCAGUUGGAAAGGGAACCAAGGCGGAGAUGAAGACCGAAUGCAAGAAGGACGUUCAAAAGGCUAAGAAGGUCAAGUCUUUCGUCAUUAUCGAAAUCUCGUCAAAGCAUAAGCGUCUGGAGAGACCUGAUGAUGUUACCACGCUUCUCCAGGAGGAGCAGAAGAUCAAAGAUAUCAAGAUCAAGAAGCACCAGACCAAGCUGAAGAACCUAAAUAUCAAGGGGAACAAGUCCAAUAAGAAACACGCCAACCACGAACAGCUUAAGGAAGAGCUGAAGCCUUUCAAUCCCAAGUUCAUGGGUCACAAAACCAAUGCGAAAGAAACAAAGCCACAGGAGGAACAAGCCAAGAAGAAACAGUCCAAAGAAGCCAAAGUCGACGAAUACAGUCCCGAGGAGGACGAUGGUGAAGGAUUUGUCAAGUUUGUUGAGGCGAUGGAGUCGGCAGCUUGA